UUGAAAAGCAAGUUAGCGCCUAGCACCACAUAAUUAAAAAAACAUUAUGUUUUACAAAGAUGAUGGAGUUCAGAACAAAGCCAAAAGGGAGUGAGAAAUGGUCCAGGUCAGGUUGAAAACAUGAAUAAAAUGAGUUCAGCUGACAAUUAAUAGUUUAGUGUCGCUCAAACGCCUAUGAGGUGAUAGUAUGUUGGUGUUUGAUGUGUUAACUGUCCUCCAAUCUCCUGAACAUUUUCCAAUGUGGCUUUACAGCUAAGAGGCAUUUGUCCAGAUGUUUCAGGCUAACAUUGAUUUUCAUUAAUUGCUAUCUUAGCAUCAUGAUCAGCAGACUCAUGAAACUUGCUUGAUUUGUGAAGUCCAUCACAAAUAGCAUCAAGUCUGCUAAAGAAACUGGGAUUUCAUUGAACAUUCUAAAGCAACAGGGAUUUAUGAAAGUUUUUUAGGGGUGUAAAGUUAAGCUAAGUUUUUAUCCGAUGCUGUAAAACACAAACACUAGUUUGAUAUAAAGUUCAGUAGAAAAGAGGCUAACUGAAACAAGCUCAGUAUCAUCUGCAUAGUGCCUUAACUUUAAGAUAUCCAGGACAACUGUUGUUAUACUCAAAGCCAAAGCUUUCUUUAAUAAUCUGGUGCCAAAGGUUUAAAGAUUUUCCAAUGAGUGUUUAAAAAGUCUUGUCUUUUGUAUUCAUGCAACCAGCUCUUUGUCACAAGUGUCCGUCGGCCCUAAUGGCCUCCUAAAAACAACAACAAGGACAGAUUGGUUCCAUUCACUGGUUGUUGUCCGAGCAGAGAGACACAGAAGUCCAGCAGCUCAAAAAUCUGCAAGAUCCUCAGCUAAAAGCAUGCAUCUCCAUCCCAUGUCCCUCUCUCUCCUCCUCCUCCUGGUUGCCGGGGCAGCCGUGGUGUGUGUUGGAGUGACGACCACGCUGCAAGGUUUCCGAGGCUGUGCAGUGAGAGAGUUCUCCUUCGUGGCCCAAAAGCCUGGCUGCAAGGGACUGCGUAUCACUACUGAAGCCUGCUGGGGGCGCUGUCACACCUGGGAGAAGCCUGUCCUGGAUCCCCCCUACAUCCACCGUCACCACCGAGUGUGUACAUACAGUCGUACACGCCACAUGACCGCCCGCCUGCCAGGCUGCCAGCCCGACGUGUCCCCUCUCUACCACUACCCCAUGGCCCUGCACUGCCACUGUUCUGUCUGCUCCACACAGGACACCGAGUGUGAGACCUUCUAAAGAUCAGGGCACUCAGCUAACAGUGUUAUUAACAGUUUUACUGAAUGAAGCUGAAUAAAAAUAUCAAACCAAGA